GGCUCUCGCGGGCGAGGUGGCGGUUUGGGUCCGGCCCUGGGGAAUCGUGUCAUGUCACGACCGAAGAUUCAAAAUUACAAGGGCUAUGGAUUGUCAAAGGGAAAAGAGCGAGAGCAGAGAGCAUCAAUCCGGUUCAAGACCACUCUUAUGAAUACACUUAUGGAUGUCCUUCGCAACAGGCCUGGAUGGGUGGAAGUGAAAGAUGAAGGGGAGUGGGAUUUCUACUGGUGUGACGUCAGCUGGCUCCGGGAGAACUUUGACCACACCUACAUGGAUGAGCACGUGCGGAUCAGUCACUUUCGAAACCACUACGAGCUGACCCGCAAGAACUACAUGGUGAAGAACCUGAAGCGGUUCCGGAAACAGCUGGAGCGCGAGGCAGGAAAGCUGGAGGCAGCCAAGUGCGACUUCUUCCCCAAAACCUUUGAGAUGCCAUGCGAGUACCAUCUGUUUGUGGAGGAGUUUCGCAAAAACCCGGGAAUCACCUGGAUCAUGAAGCCUGUAGCCCGGUCCCAGGGGAAGGGCAUCUUCCUCUUCCGGAAGCUGAAGGACAUCAUGGACUGGAGGAAGGGCACUGCUGGGAAGAAGCUCACCAACCUGGAAGCCCAACCGGCCCGGAGCGCUGUCAAUCCCUCUGGCAGCCAUGACACAAGAAACUCAGAUGACCAGAAAGAAGAAAUUCCUGUGGAGAACUACGUAGCUCAGCGUUACAUCGAAAAUCCCUACCUGAUAGGAGGCCGCAAGUUUGACCUGCGUGUCUAUGUGCUGGUGAUGUCAUACAUCCCCCUGCGGGCCUGGCUGUACCGGGAUGGCUUUGCCCGCUUCUCGAACACCCGCUUCACACUCAACAGCAUUGAUGACCAGUAUGUUCACCUCACCAAUGUUGCAGUGCAAAAGACGUCCCCCGACUACCACCCCAAGAAGGGCUGCAAGUGGAUGCUUCAGCGCUUCCGACAGUACCUGGCGUCCAAGCACGGGCCCCAGGCAGUGGAGACACUCUUCAGCGACAUGGACAACAUCUUCAUCAAGAGCCUGCAGAGCGUUCAGAAGGUGAUCAUCAGUGACAAGCACUGCUUCGAGCUGUACGGCUAUGACAUCCUCAUAGACCAGGACCUCAAGCCAUGGCUCCUGGAGGUCAAUGCAUCGCCGUCGCUGACAGCCAGUAGUCAGGAGGACUAUGAGCUCAAGACCUGCCUUCUGGAAGACACCCUGCACAUCGUGGACAUGGAGGCCAGGCUCACUGGAAAGGAGAAGAGAGUGGGAGGCUUUGACCUCAUGUGGAAUGAUGGCCCUGUCAGCAGGGAAGAGGGGCCUCUGGACCUGUCAGGGAUGGGGAACUUUGUGACCAACACACACCUUGGUUGCAUCAAUGAUCGGAAAAAACAGCUGAGACAGCUAUUCCGCUCCCUUCAAGGCCACAAGAAAACUUCCAGCUAACACCCAGCCACUGGGAAGAAAGUGACCCUGGGAGGUGCCGUGCCAGCCAGUCCCCUCUCCACUCCAUUUCCAGCGCAGCAGCACCUCAGAUCACUCGCCUCCCUCCCUCUGGCUGGCCCACAGCUGCUGCUUGCUGCUUGCGCCAGGCCCCCUGGUUUCCCCCACCCCACCCCGGGGCUGAAUGGGCUUUAACCUUAGAUUGGCUUGGUGAUCAGGCUCAGAGGACAAAUGCAGCAAGUUCUGCUACACCAGAGAGAUCACGUCUAAUAAAUGAGCACAGGCCUUACUCAGUCAUUGGGCACCGCGUCUGGCUCAGGGGAUGCUGUCGGCUGCAGCCACAUCCUCCUGACUUUGACCUAUUGAUGUCUCUCAGGUCAGUGCUGAAAGCAUCCUCCAUGAGCAAGGGUUCAGGAGCAGUUAUUUGUGUUUAUUAGGGGUCUGGAGGAGGACUGAACCCUAAGUACAUCUUCCCCUCCUUGUAAUACCUUGCCCUUGCAUGUCAGGGGAACCUAUUGAGCUCUCAACCACCUGAAAACCAGGCCAGAGCAUCCCCAUUUCUCAGACGGACAAGGUAAGGACCAGGAAGGCAGAGCUGCUUAGUGAAGCUCCCUGCAAAGGUGCACUUAUCUAAACCAGAUGGGUGACAUGGGUGCCUCAAGUAGGCUGGGAACUGAGCUUCAUACACCAGAAAGCCUUACGCUGGCAGGUAAGGAGGUGGCUUGGGAGUAGGUUGCCAGUAGAGAUUUCUGCAUUUUCCACAUUCCUAUGCCUCCUUUUGGUUUAACAGGGGUUACACCAAGCGUGGGCUGGUGGGCUAACUGCUCAGUGGAGGACACCAAGCAUCUUCCUCUCCCACUCUCCCUGCUUAGGACAGUUCUUUUGGCUGCAAAUAGCAGAAUCUGACUGCCCAGGGAAGGAAAAUACUGGCAAAGCCAUGAAGUCAACAUUAGUCUUGAGAAGUCCAGAAGCCCGGCCACUUUGGGUCUCCUGCCUCCAGGGCACGGUGACUUCCUUCCAUCCCUGUGACUAAGGCAAGCUCCAACAGCCCCAGGUACGGGGCGCACCUUUCCAGCAGAAUCUGAUUGGCUCUUUUUUGGCCUAGCAUCCACCUUGCUAGAUAGGCAGGGGCCAUGUUCAGACAGGAGAAACUGUGAGCCAGGCAGUCAUUCACUUUAUCUACCAAAAGAAAUGCUGCAACUUCUUACUUUUAAAACGUAUAUUCAAAAAUAUGCAACACGACAGUGACAUGUUCUUCCCGUCCACCCUAACCAUGCAGUUUGUUCCGAGGGAACCACAUAAUUAGUGACUGCAUACAAAUCACCAGCUUAUUAGAUACCUGUCCUGCCCUUGCUUUUCUCACUUAAUCUUGGAGCUGGUUCUAAAUCAGCGCUCAAGAGGAGCUCCCGUAUUUUUGAUUAUUGCUGUGCAGUAUUUCACUACCUGGAGCUAUCAAUUCCUUUAGUCUAUUGUGGACAGAUAUUUAGUUUCCAAUUCCAUCUCCCUACUUCUUAGGGCCAUCAUGAGAAAAACACAGCAAUUUCUACCAAAAAACCCCCAAAAAACCCCAAGAGGAUGCAGAAUUGUAAGUCUGGGCCUAAUUUGACUUAUGUAAGGUAUCUUGUUUAGGCAACACCCAAGUUUAAGAAAUUUUUCUGAAUGAGUCAGCAAUAUUUAAAAGACAGAAAAUUUGGGGGUGGCCGGUUAGCUCAGUUGGUCAGUGCGUAGUGAUGAUAACACCAAGGUUGCGGGUUCGAUCCUCGCAUGGGUCACUAUGAACUGUGCCCUCCUUAAAAAAAAAAAUUCAACUUAAAAACCCAAAUUUCUAGCUUCUCUUGAAGAAAACGUAAGACCUGUGUUCCCAUACAACUAUCAGCAAGAGCCGAGGGGAG